AUGGAGCAGGCACACCUGAUUCUGGCCUAUCUCCGUGAUACGGGAACCUGGUGUGAGACUACAGAUUCUGAGCAACACUUUACGGUUAAGAGUAUUCACACCAUGAUGGAAUCGAAGGCGUUCAUGGCAGCUGCUCUUUCACUCUCAUCUCGCCAAGUAGAAACGCUCAGGGGCCGGCAGAGACGGACCGCGCUGGAGCUAUACCAGUACACCAUUCAACUUCUCAUACACCAAGACCCAGCGGAGGCGGACACCUGUAUCCUCGCUGCAUGUACAUUGCUAUGCGUUUACGAGAUGAUGGCAUCUAGCGUGUCUGAAUGGAGACGCCAUCUUAGGGGUUGCGCAGGGCUAUUGAAAAGUCGCAACUGGGGCGGCUCUACCAGUGGUAUUGUGAAGUCCUGCUUUUGGGCGUUUGCCAGGAUCGACAUCUGGGCGGCUUUCCUGAUUGGAGAGACAACUCUGCUAUCAACCGGAUGUUGGGUAAUAGAUGAUUCCAUACAAUCUGCGUCGGCAAACGGGAACACCGAUGACUACUGCAACUUGGCCAUCUUGAUCUUCGCAAAGAUCAUCAACUUGAUUGCGUCUGCGCCCACGUCAGCCACCAUAUCAGAGGCACAUAAAUCAGCCGUGACUCAAAAGCUCUGGGAUGACCUGAGUCUAUGGUGGAAGUUCCGGCCACGGGACGUUCGCCCGCUUCUUAGGACAGAUCCACGGGGCACUGGUAGUCCAUUCCCAAUCACUAUAUUCACCCAGUCGGCGUCAAUAUGUGGGAACACCUUCUUCCACGCGGGCUCCAUUCUCCUGCUAGAAACGGGCCUCGUUAGCGUAGAUGCAACAGAGAAAGACAUGUAUGACGCAUUAUGGCACGCCCGGGAACUCGGCGGCAUAUCCAUAUCAAACGACAACCAUGCAAACUGGGUAAACCAUCUCCAGCCGCUCUUCAUUGCCGGGCGGGCGUUCGCCAACGUCUCUCGUCAAAAGAGACAGGCGGGUACUGAAGGGCAAACCCACAGCACUUACGACGAAUGCUUCGAGAACGAGGAGGAGUACGCCCUGGAGAAGCUGGCUUUACUCAAGCAGUUAGCUAGGAUUGAGAAGGAAACAGGCUGGAAAACGUCGGAUCGAUCUGCUGAACUUCGCAGACUCUGGGGAUUUGCUUGA